CUGGGCAUCACCAUCACACUCUCACAUGAACAAGAACCUUUGGGAACAGCUGGGCCACUGGGUCUGGCAAGGGAGAUACUGGAGAAAGAUGCCGAGCCUUUCUUUGUUCUGAACAGUGACGUCAUCUGCAGCUACCCCUUCAAGAAGAUGUUAGAACUACACCACUCGCACGGGAAGGAGGGAACCAUUGUGGUGACAAAGGUGGAGGAGCCAAGUAAGUAUGGUGUGGUGGUGUACAACCCAACCAGUUGGCAGAUUGGCAGGUUCGUGGAGAAACCAAAGAUCUUUGUCUCCAACAAGAUCAAUGCCGGCAUAUACAUCUUCAGCCCAACUGUCCUCAAGAGA